AUGACUGAGAAGUGGUUGGAUUGGGGCCACAAGCUAGACUACGGUGAGGCCAAGAUCUGGCUCGGGCAUGCAGGCGACGUCGUCUAUACGGCAGCCUCAGGAUGUUCGGGCAAAGUUGGGUUUGCCGCCAGCCAUCGACUUGGAGUCCAACAAUUCCAAAACACCAACCAAGAGACCAUCGUCGCAAUCUUCGUCAAGACCACACCUCCCAUAGCGGGUUCAGUGCGGCAGAUGGACACCCUGGGGAAUCUAGAGGGGGAAAACAAGAAACCCAAGAUCGCGUUGAGUUUCUUGAACCUCACACAGCCUAAUGCAACACGUGCCAGUUCGAUACAACACGACAAGCAAGGCAGGGACUACGAGAUGGCAAAACAACGUCGCGACAUGAAGAAGCCGGCGGGACACUACACUGCUGUGAUCGACAGACUCACUACCGCAGUGAUGCAGCUCUCACUCUCUGUGGCAGAGCCACUCAGACGUCCAAAUGCCGAAAACGAAGUACUUCGACGUGACAUGGAGCAGAUUCAGCACGAAUUGAAGGCAUACAAAGAACGAAUGAACAAACUCGAAGCACGACAGGGCAAAUCGGACGACAUUGACUCAUCUAAUGAGCCAAUCGAAUAA